AUGAAAGAUCCCAUACUCAAUACAUACUCAACUUUCUCAAUAGAUGAUACUGGUGUUGUAUUUCCUACAUCUCUAUUCUGGCUAUGGUUUGAGGAAAAUAUCAAGAAGGUUCAUCAGUCUUAUACCCUUAAAGAGAAAGCCAAUGUUGUUCAGUAUGCUUUUUGUGAAGGCAAUCUUAGGGCCGCUGCCAAGUUUGAUUUAGAUAAGACUCAAGUUGGUCAUUGA